AUGAAUGCUUACAUUGUCUUCAAAGAGGAGCAAUCAGCCCAUGCUGCUUUGUCUAAUAAUAUGACAGAGAUUGGUGGAAAUCAUAUCCGUGUUGAUAUGGCAUGUCCACCUCGCAAGAAAAUGAAAGGUGUUGCUCGGCUAUAUGAUAGAAAGAGAACAGUUUUUGUGGGCAACAUCCCUUUUGAUGUGAAGGAUGAAGAGCUGUACCAAUUAUUCUGUGGCCUGAGCCGGUCAGAACCAAAUGUUGAAGCUGUGCGUGUAAUCAGAGAUCCAAAUACAAGCAUUGGAAAGGGCAUUGCUUAUGUGCUGUUUAAAACCAGG